CCCGCAGCGUUGCCAUUUCCCUCCCUCCCCCCAUUUCGUUUCCGGCGCUCCCGCCUUGUCUCCGCCAGGGCUCCACUUAGAGCCAGCGGGGGAGGGAGGGAAGGAGGGGGCGUGGAGGAACUGGGGGUUCUCCGGAGCAAGAGCUGCGGCACCACUUCCGGCAAACGCCGCCCCGCCUGCGCUCUGGCUCUGGCCCUGGCGCCGCCGCAGCCGUCGCCGCCGGAAAGUUCAGGAGCCCUGGAAAGGAGAAGGAAUAAGACGACAGGAGGAAGAGAGAGAGAGGAAGGACCUGAGGCCCCUUCCUAUGAAGCUAGUGCUGGAAGGAAGGAGUGAGCGCCUGUGUCAGAGACUGUCUGGUUUUACUGUGUUUUCCACCUUGGAGAGCAGGGUGUGCCUGUGGUUGAUCAUCAGAAUGGAAGAGUCUCACUUCAAUUCUAACCCAUACUUCUGGCCUUCUAUCCCCACCGUCUCAGGACAGAUUGAGAACACAAUGUUCAUCAACAAAAUGAAGGAUCAGCUGUUGCCAGAGAAGGGCUGUGGGCUGGCUCCGCCCCACUACCCCACCUUGCUGACAGUGCCUGCCUCAGUGUCCCUGCCCUCAGGCAUCAGUAUGGACACAGAGUCCAAGUCAGACCAGCUGACCCCACAUAGCCAGGCGUCCGUUACCCAGAAUAUCACGGUGGUCCCUGUGCCGUCUACAGGACUGAUGACUGCUGGAGUCUCCUGUUCUCAGAGGUGGAGAAGAGAAGGGAGUCAAUCAAGGGGUCCUGGUUUGGUAAUCACGUCCCCUUCAGGCUCCCUGGUGACCACAGCCUCAUCAGCUCAGACCUUCCCCAUUUCGGCUCCCAUGAUUGUCUCAGCUCUUCCCCCUGGCUCACAAGCCCUGCAGGUGGUCCCUGACCUCUCCAAGAAGGUAGCAUCCACCCUAACGGAGGAAGGAGGUGGAGGUGGUGGUGGAGGUGGCAGUGUGGCUCCUAAGCCCCCAAGGGGCCGAAAGAAGAAGCGGAUGCUGGAGUCAGGGCUGCCUGAGAUGAAUGAUCCUUACAUCCUCUCCCCUGAGGAUGACGACGACCAUCAGAAAGACGGCAAGACCUACAGGAGCGAAGGGAACUGCGGCACAGGAAAUGGACAGAGCCUUGGGCUCAUGGAUUCAGUUCCUGGCUCCACCACGAACUUGCUGUGUGACCCUGGGUGCCGGAUGUGCUCGCUGACAUUCUACUCCAAGUCGGAGAUGCAGAUCCACUCCAAGUCCCACACCGAGACCAAGCCCCACAAGUGCCCACAUUGUUCCAAGACCUUCGCCAACAGCUCCUACCUGGCCCAGCACAUCCGUAUCCACUCAGGGGCCAAGCCCUACAGUUGUAACUUCUGUGAGAAAUCCUUCCGCCAGCUCUCCCACCUCCAGCAGCACACCCGGAUCCACUCCAAGAUGCACACGGAGACCAUCAAGCCCCACAAGUGCCCGCACUGCUCCAAGACCUUCGCCAACACCUCCUACCUGGCCCAGCACCUCCGCAUCCACUCGGGGGCCAAGCCCUACAACUGUUCCUACUGCCAGAAGGCCUUCCGCCAGCUCUCCCACCUCCAGCAGCACACACGAAUCCACACCGGUGACAGACCAUACAAAUGUGCACACCCAGGCUGUGAGAAAGCCUUCACACAGCUCUCUAAUCUGCAGUCCCACAGACGGCAGCACAACAAAGAUAAACCCUUCAAGUGCCACAACUGUCAUCGAGCGUACACAGAUGCAGCCUCACUCGAGGUGCACCUCUCCACUCAUACGGUGAAGCAUGCCAAGGUGUACACGUGCACUAUCUGUAGUCGGGCAUACACAUCGGAAACGUACCUUAUGAAACACAUGCGUAAACACAACCCACCUGAUCUGCAGCAGCAAGUGCAGGCGGCGGCGGCGGCGGCGGCUGUGGCUCAGGCUCAGGCCCAGGCGCAGGCCCAGGCCCAGGCUCAGGCUCAGGCUCAGGCCCAGGCCCAGGCCCAGGCCCAGGCCCAGGCCUCUCAGGCAUCGCAGCAACAGCCACAGCCCCCACACUUCCAGGCCCCCGGGGCUGCCCCCCAGGGUGGGGGUGGGGGUGACAGCAAUCCCAACCCUCCGCCCCAGUGUUCCUUCGACCUGACACCCUAUAAGACGGCGGAGCAUCAUAAGGACAUCUGCCUCACUGUCACCACCAGCACCAUCCAGGUGGAGCACCUGGCCAGCUCAUAGAGACCCGUGUUGCCACCCACUGGGAAGAGGAGAAAGGAGUUCCGGUCCCUUCUUUGUCCAGCUUCUCUUGGUGGGAAAAGUCCUCUUCUUCCUUGACAGGCCUUGGCUCCAUCUCCUUGGGCCGCAGGCACAGCCUUCCUUGUUCUCAACUCUUCUUCAAAAAGAACAUCAGCCCUCCUGAUUGGCAGAGGAACACUGUGCUGGUAGUGUGAUCCAGCAGCCUCCCCUUCUAAGCAUAGCUUUUAAAAUUGGGGGUUGGUGCUCAAGGGAGGGAUUUGCUAUGACCUCAAAGAAACGUUUCCAGUGUGGGCACUUACCCUCUCCUUACCCUCAUAAUCCUCCAAGUUCGGGCUGUUGGAAGACAAGAGGCUGGCCCUCCCAGCUGUCAGAGAGGACGGAGCUCCAGACGCAGCCAGCCUCCUGUUCUGUCCUUGCCUGCAAAAGAGCAGAGGUUUCUUCAUGCCCCAAUCCUUAGGAGCCGUUUUCUUCCCUUCAUGGUCUCACUUCACUUCCUACCUAAUGCUGGAAGGAGAUCUGGGUGGGGGUUAGAUCCCUUUUAUUUGUAAAGGGGCAAGGGCUGAGAUGUGGUCCCCAAGGGGCCGGAUAUCCCCAGAAUGGUGGAGGGUGGCUCAGAAGCGUGGGUUAUGGUUUCCUGUGGAGCCUCUCACCUUCCUUCUCUGCCAACCAUGGCCCUGUACUCUGUCUCCCCAUCCCGAGGCCUCAGGCGCUGUGGGAGCUUUGUGUUCUUUAUGAAGCCCCAAAACCGCGGGUGUUGCGGAGAAGGGAGAGUUCAGGGCAAACGCAAGGACUGGACUUAGCUCCCUAGGUGCCACGGUCAGUUGCCGGACACGGAUUUAUAUAUAAAUAUAUAUAUAUAAAUAUAUAUAUAUACCCACUCAUCACGGCCAUCUUUGUUGUAACCAUUUCUGUGUUUAUAAAUGCAUUAUCUCUGAGAAUUUUCAUAUUUGAUGUUUUGUUUAUUUUUGUCCUUUUUGUUUUUUUCCACCCUGUCUUCUGGCCAAUGGCAUUUUUAUUUCCUUUUGUCUUCCUUUUUCUUUCUUUAAAUUUUUAAUCAUGGCAGAUUUCAGAGAAAAAAGAAAAUGAAAAAAAAAUCAGGAAAUCAGUUGUUAUAAAGCAAUUUAAAAUGAAGAAAAAAAACUUAUGUACAAACCAAGGGGUGUUUUUAGAACCUUGUAUAGAAAUAAAUUCGUGUAAAAGGA